CUUAAAUUACACUGUAAAGUGGACAUGCAUUCUAAUAUUAUACGCCUAUACGGCGCUACUAAAAACGAAGAUCAAUCGAAUUUAAGGUCCUCACCUUAUAUGUUUGUUCUUGAAUAUGCUGAUAGCGGUACUUUAAGGUCGUAUUUACGAAAUCAUUUUGAACAUCUUACCUGGAAUGAUAAGAUUAAUUUUGCGCUGCAGAUUGCUA